CCAUUUCAUAGCCAUUAAUAAAUUCCCAAGUCCCAACUUCCACGUAGUCUGUAAUCUGUAUAAACAAGCCUAAAAAAUAAAAAUUUACCCAUAACUGUCAAUUAGGGUUCCUUUCAAUUGCUUGAAUCUCAAUGGAAGACUGAAACCCAGAAAAAUUCAUACUUUUAUCUCCAUUAUUAUACCUGCAACUUUCUUUUUAACUCAUAAUCUGAGAGUAUCUUUAUCUUUGAACAAUAAUGAUCCACCAACUUUUUUCUUCCAUUUUCAGACAACCCAUUUUCACCUUCAGUUUCAUAGUUUUUCUUUGCAUUUUUGGGUUCUUUACCUUUGAUUCUUCUUUAAAUUAUACAACUAAAAAAACCCACAAAUCCUCAAGUUCAAUCUUCCAUUAUCACAGUACAUUUAUUUCUCUUUCAUCAAACUACACCGUUUCUGAGUACCUCCGUUCUUUGACUCUCCACCCUCACCUUGCAGGAACUCAAGAGGGUUAUCAAACUACACAAUAUGUUAAAACCCACUUUGAAAGUUUGGGACUUGACAACAAAGUCUCAGAGUACAAGGUUUUAUUGUCUUAUCCUGAGUUUCUUUCACUGACAGCGUAUUUUAGCAAUCUGGGUAGUAAAGAAAUUGGGUUUUCUGAGGUGGGUUUUGAUGUAGUUAAACCAUAUCAUGCUUAUUCACCUUCAGGGAUGGCUGUAGGUAAGGCAGUAUUUGCAAAUUAUGGGAGGGAGGAAGACUAUCAUGAGCUGGAGGUUUUGGGGGUGAAUGUUAGUGGGUGUGUUGUGAUUGUUAGAAGAGGGGAGGGAAUGUCAAGAGGAGGUGUUGUGAGGGUGGCAGAAGCAAGAGGAGCAGUGGCUGUGCUAACUUACACUGAAGGGGUGUAUGUUAAGGGGGUUGAGAGAGGGACAGUAAUGAAAGGGUUGGGGGACCCACUUAGCCCUGGUUGGGCCAGUGUUGUGGAGGGAGGUGAGAGAUUAGGGAGGAAUGACAAGGAAGUGGAGGAUAGGUUUCCUAAGAUACCUUCAAUGCCUAUAUCUAUUGAAACAGCUGGUGUUAUUUUAAGGUCACUUGAAGGACCUAAAUUGCCAGAAAAAUGGGAGCUUGCCCUAAAUAAUGGGAAUGAUGUAAGGAUUGGUCCUGGUCCCACUGUGCUAAAUUAUACCUUCCAGGGAGAGGAAAAAAUUGCCACAAUUUAUGAUGUGUUUGCAGUUAUCAGGGGAUCAGAAGAACCAGACCGUUAUAUACUUCUUGGAAACCAUAGAGACGCAUGGACGUUUGGUGCUGUGGACCCUAAUAGUGGAACUGCUGCUCUACUUGAUGUGGCUCGUAGAUAUGCCAUGCUGAUGCGCUUGGGAUGGAGUCCUCGCAGAACAAUUAUCCUCUGCAGCUGGGAUGCUGAAGAGUUUGGAAUGAUAGGUUCUACUGAAUGGGUUGAACUAAACAUUAUGAAUCUUGGUUCAAAGGCUGUAGCUUAUUUGAAUGUGGAUUGUGCAGUUCAAGGCUCUGGAUUAUUUGCUAGUGCGACUCCACAAUUGGAUGAUCUUCUCGUUGAAAUCAUGAAGAAGAUUGAGGAUCCUGAUGCUGAGGCCAAAACAAUUUUUGAACAAUGGUUUGCCAGAAAUAAAGGCAUCAAUAUCCAGAGGCUUAGCGGAGUGGACUCGGAUUUUGCUCCAUUCCUGCAGCAUGUAGGCGUUCCUUCUGUUGACAUGUAUUAUGGGAAAGAUUUUCCGGUAUAUCACACAGCUUUUGACUCGUAUGACUGGAUGAUAACUCAUGGUGAUCCUUUAUUUAAGCGUCAUGCGGCUGUGGCCGGACUUUGGGGCCUUCUUGCUCUUCGUUUGGCAGAUGAUACCAUUCUCCCGUUCAAUUAUUCUUCAUACGCAAUACAGCUACAGGAAUAUACAAAUAUCUUGAGCGACAUGUUAGAUGGUCAUGUGUCUUUUACUCCUAUUACUACGUCUGUUAAAAAUCUACUUGCGGUUGCUCAAGAAGUUGAGGAGGAAGCACAGAAGCUAAGAAUGGAAGAAACUUCUACUGAUAUGGAGCUAAGGAAAAGAAUGCUAAAUGAUCGGUUGAUGCUUGCUGAAAGAGGUUUCUUAGAUGCUGAUGGGUUACUAGGGAAUCGAUGGUUCAAGCAUUUGAUUUACGGGCCUUCCAAUAAGUGCGAUAGCAAGCUAAGCUUCUUUCCAUCCAUAGCUAAUGCUAUUUCUGAAUCAAAGGAGAAUGAAGUGGCUAUUCAGCAUGAGAUUUGGAGGGUUGCCAGAGCUAUACAAAGAGCAGUCGACGCUCUGAAAGGAGACUUCAGAUAAACAAACUAAUUAAUCAACACACUGUUGUUACGAGGAACUCUCUGAAGUGAAACUUUGCGUAACUUAUGCCGUUUUGCAGCGAAGAAACGCAUGUAGAGAAAGCCGAACAUUAUUUCCGCGCCCGAUUUCAGUGUUGCUGUUAAAGAUGCAGGAGUUAAAGUAGUGUGUAGCGCUGGCAGAAGUAAAAGAUUUGGCUUGAUGCACUCUUGUAUUUUCCAAUAAAAUGUGGCUACUUUUUACGGUACAAAUACGCUAUGUGUUUAGGAUAGAUGAAGAUUCUAACUGGAAAUACUGUAUAUGUGUACUUUUCUGGUGAAAUGCUGCUAUGGCUAAUAAUGUCUUUAGUGAAACUAAAGUGUCAAAACAGCUUUGUAUAUGAAUACUAUAAUGAAUAACCUUGUACAUUUACGCUC